AUGAAGCUGAAGCAGCCCGAUCCGAGCCAGCCUCGGCCCUCGCUGCCCGAGUACUUCGGCUAUGCCGAAGAGGAGUUGGAGAAGUCUUGCUCGGUGUUCAAGGGUCUUCAUCCGGAGGUGGAUGAUCCUAUUAAGCAGGAGACCGACUUGACGGCGAUUAUGGUGGCGGGGAGCGGCGCGGAGCAUGGCCGCACGAAGCUUCUUAGUGGGGUGAUCAAGCCGCAGAGGACCCUCACGCAGAUCAGGUCUACCCUCACCACCGGCGACCCACCGGUCGCGCCUCCUCGACACCGUCGUACGGAUGCUCACUUUGAGGCCGCCUACGCGGCCGCUUAUGAGAAGUAUUUGACGGUUGUAGCAGAGUGGGACCUCAAGAGAGCGGCUUGGGAAGAGUACCAGGAGGCGACGAGUCGUGUAAGUUCCAAUCUUUUAUGGUUCAAAGACAUGACAAGUCCCACCUCCCCUUUUUUUAUAUCUGCGGCGCUUGACAUCUAA